AUGGUGGGUCGGCCCAUCAUCAGAGCCACAAACAAGAUCGGUGACAUAGAAGUCAAGGAAUUUAUAGGUGAUCUUAUGGUGGGAGAUGAGGCCAGCAAGUUACGGUCGAUGCUGGAAGUGACGUACCCAAUGGAAAAUGGGAUCGUCAAGAACUGGGAUGAUAUGUGUCAUGUUUGGGACUACACGUUCGGUCCUGAGAAAAUGGACCUUGAUCCUCACGAGUGCAAGAUUAUGCUAACUGAGCCGCCCAUGAACCCAACCAAGAAUAGGGAGAGAAUGCUUGAGAUGAUGUUUGAAAAGUAUGGCUUUGCUGGCGCAUUUGUGGCUAUCCAGGCGGUGUUGACGUUGUACGCUCAGGGGCUGCAGUCGGGCGUGGUGGUGGACUCUGGUGAUGGCGUGACACACAUCUGUCCUGUGUAUGAGGGUUUUACCCUUCCUCAGAUCAGGAGGUUAGAUAUAGCCGGGCGUGACAUCACCGUCUACAUGAUCAAACUGCUCCUGCUGCGAGGGUAUGCCUUCAAUCACUCUGCUGACUUUGAGACAGUGCGCAUGAUGAAGGAAAAACUGUGUUACGUUGGCUACAACAUUGAACAGGAGCAAAAACUUUCGACAGAGACAACUGUUCUUGUUGAAAAUUAUCAACUGCCUGAUGGUCGCAUCAUUAAGGUGGGUGGGGAACGGUUUGAGGCUCCAGAAGCAUUGUUCCAGCCUCAUCUGAUCAAUGUUGAAGGUCAAGGCAUUGCUGAACUCCUUUUUGACACCAUCCAGCGCUGUGAUAUUGAUAUUCGGCCGGAGUUGUACAAGCACAUUGUUUUAUCUGGUGGGUCAACCAUGUAUCCAGGGUUGCCAUCACGGCUUGAGAGAGAACUCAAGCAGCUCCACUUGGAAAGAGUACUGAAGGGUGACGUGGAAAGAUUGUCUAGGUUAAAAAUACGAAUUGAAGAUCCUCCACGACGAAAGGACAUGGUAUUUAUUGGAGGAGCCGUCUUAGCUGAUGUAAUGAAGGACAGAGACAACUUCUGGAUUUCCAGAGAAGAGUAUCAAGAGAAAGGAGUUCAAGCCGCUCUGGAAAAGCUCAUGCCUGGUAGUGCCUCAUAAGAGAGGCCAUAAUAGGGAGUAGUUGGAUCUGUAAUUGUUACCCCAAACUGUGGUUCUGUUUGGAUUGGCUCUCUCAGUACCCAAUCAAUACUUUUGCUGACUCUCAGCUGAGGACAAUUAGAAUUCUUUGUAGGGUUACAGAGGACUAUAUUAAUCCAAAGAGUUUAUUUUCUAUGGAUGUGAGGAAGCAUGUGAUUAUUUUUCUUGAGCCAAACUUUUCAUGGAAUUUGGCAGUUAUUCAAGUUUAAUUAAAAAUUAAAUACUGGUUAAAAAAACAGUAGUUUUAUUAAUGUAUUGUUGUGGCUUUCGUGUUGUUCUAAAGUUUUAUUAAUUUAUGGGAUUAAUUAAUUUAAAGUACGUCAAGGUGCACCCAGUUAUCAUCAGUACUACGAUUGUCAUUCCUAGUCUUUUUGUCUUUACUUUCUGAAGUACAUUUUAGUCAUUACUGAAGUUUCCAUUCAGUUGCACAAUCAUUAAGUGUACUAUGACUGUGUUCUACACAAUUUUAAACAUAUAUUGUACAUUGUUAAGAACUUAAGUCGGCUUUACAAAAGCUGUUUGUCAUCAGGUCAUUGUAGUACAUUAGUUCACAGAUGCCAUGUGUCAGUUUUGUUAUUUCAUGUGAUUUUUUUAAUAUAAACAGUACAGACUCUUAUGAUCUCCAUCUUGAUUAGAGCCCCUGCAGAAUUCAGCAACAUGUAGAUAUCCAUCAUCCACAUAUUCUGCAUUUUGUAGAGGAUAAUGUUAUUAAUUUACCAUACAUUAUAGUAUUGAAUAAAAGAUUGUAUAUGAUACGUCGAACAGUUCUACACUUACUCGGUAAUUAAUAUAGAGUUAAGUGGAAUAAAGGAAAUAAGUAUAAUUAAGAAAACCAAUGUUUACAGUCGUGGGAUUUAAAUGCUCCUCCCUUUUGAAGAUGGUGGCUGUUCACUCACACUGCAAGCACACAAUUUAUAGUACUGUAUAAUAUUCAGCAGUGAAUUUAUAUCAUGAUAGUUAGUCAAACUCUCCUUCAUCCUGAUUAAUUCCUGUUAUUCAGUAUCAUGUCUCUAUCACAUUUGAAAUAUAAACUUGUUUCCACCACCACCACUGUCUAGGAAAGUGAUGAAAGUUUACGUCUCCGCAACUGUAGCUUGAGUUUCUAUAAUAAAGAUUAUUUAAUUAUUAUUAUUAUUACUACUUAUAUUUUACAUUCAAGACUAUGGUGGUUGUUUAAAAUUUAAUGCAUUACAACUGAUGUCGGGAAAUUGUGAGUGCAUUGUUGAAUUAUAAUGAAGCUCUUCCAUAUUACUUUUAAUUUUUUAUUUGAACAUCUCGGAAAUUUGGAUUAGAGAAAACUUGUGAGUACAGGUUGAACCUUUUUAAUCUGCCACCCUCAUGACCUGACUGGUGACAGAACAUAGAAAUUUCUGAACCAUAGAAGUUGAGCUAAAGUCUGGUGAUAAAAUUUCUUUACUGAUCUUGAAAUAGAAAAACAGCACAGGUUAAUAAAAGGCGAGACAGGUACAGCACUGUUCUAUAAGUAUAAAUUGAAAUAUAUUAAUUGAACAUCCUUGGAGGGAAUAUUAGUGUGUAUAGGUCAAGUAAGCUUGGUGUGGCUUACAUAACAGUACCAUCACUUUCACCAUUUGUUGGUUCUUCUGAAGAUUUAUAGAUAAGUUAUAACUGAGUGAAAACACAGCUGGACCACAGGGUGCCAGAUUGGAAGGAUUUGACCUGUAGCCAAUGUUAUCAUGCCUUUAUUACCAGCAAGUCUUCAGAGCAUUUCACAUAGUUUGUUGAAAACGUCAUACUACUGUACAAGUUUAAUGGCCUGCCAAGAUUGUAUCAAAGAAACAGUAAUAAUCUGGGCAGGGUUGUAUUUGUUUCUUGUUUUCUUGUACAGUACCUACUAAUAUUUUUGCCUUGGGGGGUGUGGUGGCCAGAUUUUCCCAAAUGUAUAACCUUGGCCUAAAAUUAUGAAUUAUAUAAUACUGUUCUUGAAAAGUACAGUCAUCAGUCAACCAUAUUUUCCCUUUAAGAACAAAUAAAUUGUAUUUUAACAAAACACAUUGGAGAUAUGUACAGUAAUGACAAACGACUGGUGUUGCAUUCCAUUGUUGUCUGCAGUAUUUACAGGAGAUAAUACUGACAUCUUCACCUAUUGCCUGUAAGUCUUUCUUUAUGAGGAAAAAAUAGAAAUCUGAAACCAGAAUUCUUGUAAGUAGAAAAGAUUAAACCAUUUGUUAAAUGAAUAUGGAUGUGAUUAAUAAAGUUAAGCAGAAA